GCGCGCUCACACUGUGUCUGCUGUCACGAGCCUUAUCCGACCGUGAGUGGAAGUGGGUAAAUUAUCACGGACAUCACGCAGAUUGCGGGCAGCUUUCAGAGCGAAACAAACGGGCAGAUCCGCAGAGUUGUGCUGCUGCUUGGUGGGUGGAAGCCCGCAGAGUUCUGGCGCUCCUCCGCCGCUGAAGUUCGCUUCUGUUUGAGCCUCGCAGCUAGCAGCUAAGCUAGCUGUUGGACUAGCUUAGCGGUCCGCCACAGUCCAGGAACACCAACGCUGUCUAUCACUUCCACUCCGACACGGCGGUCUAUCCUCGCAGCGAAGCGGACCAACCAGUCCCCGACUAGAACCUCUACGACUCGGCCGCGGAGAGGAGGGAGUCCUACCGAGGUUCGGUUUGAAUGAAGUGAGGCUAACUCGCCGUAGCCAGCUAACCGGGACUCCGCUGGACGCCGAUCCAGCAGAUGCUACUUGGACCCGCCGCACAGCCCAGGCCGUGUGACCGAACCGGGCUCUCCAGCUCCUUCUGAACGCCAGGUUGUCCCUCUUCUUCUCCGCCCCAGUUUGUCCAGAGAAGACCGGACCGAGGACAGGGAGCUGCAGCCAUGCCGGCCGUGUCGAAAGGAGACGGGAUGCGCGGAUUAGCGGUCUUCAUCUCGGACAUCAGAAACUGUAAAAGCAAGGAGGCUGAGAUCAAACGGAUCAAUAAGGAACUGGCCAACAUCCGCUCCAAGUUCAAAGGUGACAAAGCUCUGGACGGCUACAGCAAGAAGAAGUACGUCUGCAAGCUGCUCUUCAUCUUCCUGCUCGGCCAUGACAUCGACUUCGGACACAUGGAGGCUGUCAACCUGCUGAGCUCCAACAAGUACACCGAGAAGCAGAUCGGCUACCUGUUCAUCUCGGUUCUGGUGAACAGUAACAGCGAACUGAUCCGUCUGAUCAACAACGCCAUCAAGAACGACCUGUCCAGCCGGAACCCCACCUUCAUGUGCCUGGCUCUCCACUGCAUCGCCAACGUGGGCAGCCGGGAGAUGGCCGAGGCCUUCGCCAGCGAGAUCCCCCGCAUCCUGGUGGCUGGCGAUACGAUGGACAGCGUGAAGCAGUCGGCCGCUCUGUGCCUGCUGCGCCUCUAUAAGACGUCCCCUGACCUGGUGCUGAUGGGCGAGUGGACGUCACGGGUGGUGCACCUGCUCAACGACCAGCACAUGGGCGUGGUGACAGCGGCCAUCUCCCUCAUCACCUGUCUGAGCCAGAAGAAUCCCGACGAGUUCAAGACCUGCGUCUCUCUGGCCGUGUCCCGACUCAGCCGGAUUGUGUCUUCAGCCUCCACAGAUCUGCAGGAUUAUACCUAUUACUUUGUGCCUGCUCCCUGGCUCUCCUGCAAGCUGCUGCGCCUGCUGCAGUGCUACCCUCCACCAGAAGAUGGCGCAGUGAAGGGCCGCCUGGUGGAGUGUCUGGAAACCAUCCUGAAUAAGGCCCAGGAGCCGCCCAAAUCCAAGAAGGUGCAGCAUUCCAACGCCAAGAACGCCAUCUUGUUCGAGGCGAUCUCACUAAUCAUCCACUAUGACAGUGAGCCAAACCUUCUGGUGCGAGCCUGUAACCAGCUGGGCCAGUUCCUGCAGCACAGAGAGACCAAUCUGCGUUAUCUAGCUCUGGAGAGCAUGUGUACUCUGGCCAGCUCAGAGUUCUCCCAUGAAGCGGUGAAGACGCACAUCGAGACGGUCAUCAAUGCCCUGAAGACGGAGAGAGACGUCAGCGUUCGACAGCGAGCCGCCGAUCUGCUCUAUGCCAUGUGUGAUCGCAGCAACGCCAAGCAGAUCGUAGCAGAGAUGCUGAGCUACCUGGAGACGGCAGACUACUCCAUCAGAGAGGAGAUGGUGCUUAAAGUGGCCAUCCUGGCAGAAAAGUAUGCUGUGGAUUAUUCCUGGUAUGUGGACACCAUCCUGAACCUGAUCCGCAUCGCUGGGGACUACGUCAGUGAGGAGGUGUGGUAUCGCGUCAUCCAGAUCGUCAUCAACCGAGACGACGUGCAAGGCUACGCCGCCAAGACCGUCUUUGAGGCCCUGCAGGCCCCAGCGUGCCAUGAGAACAUGGUGAAGGUCGGAGGCUACAUCCUGGGAGAGUUUGGGAACCUGAUCGCCGGGGAUCCACGCUCCAGUCCCCUGGUCCAGUUCAACCUUCUCCACUCCAAGUUCCACCUGUGCUCGGUGCCGACCCGCGCUCUGCUGCUGUCGGCCUACAUCAAGUUCAUCAACCUGUUCCCAGAGACGAAGGCCACCAUCCAGGAGGUGCUGCGCUGCGACAGCCAGAUCCGUAACUCUGACGUGGAGCUGCAGCAGCGAGCCGUCGAGUACUUGAAGCUCUCCUCCAUCGCCAGCACAGAUGUCCUGGCCACCGUGUUGGAGGAGAUGCCACCCUUCCCAGAGAGAGAGUCCUCCAUUCUGGCUAAGUUGAAGAAGAAGAAGGGGCCUGGCGCGGUUUCGGUGACGGAGCUUGAAGACGGUAAAAGGGAGAGCGGCGAGUUGAAUGGAAGCGGCGAGCGGGGUCAGGACGCCGCAGCCAUGGCUGCCUCCAACGCAUCCACCCCGUCUCCAUCGGCGGACCUGCUGGGGAUCCGCUCCGCAGCUCCGGUCAACGCCGCCCCAGCCAGCGCCGGCAGUCUACUGGUGGAUGUGUUUUCAGAGGUGGGCCCAGCUGCACCUUCUGGGGCGGUGAACGACGACGGCUUCCUCAGCUCUGCUCCUCCCUCUGAGGAUCCUGCUCCUCCUCUGUCUGAAGCAGAGGAGCUUCUUAACAAGUUUGUUUGCAAGAACAACGGGGUUCUGUUUGAGAAUCAGCUCCUGCAGAUCGGCAUCAAGUCAGAGUACCGUCAGAACCUUGGGAGGAUGUACCUGUUCUACGGAAACAAGACGUCUGUACAGUUCGCCAGCUUCAGCACCACGGUCAGCUGCCCUGGAGAGCUCCAGAACCAGCUGAACGUUCAGAGCAAACCCGUGGAGCCGCUGGUGGAGGGAGGGGCCCAGAUCCAGCAGGUUCUGAACAUCGAGUGUCUGACGGACUUCUCUGAUGCUCCACUGCUCAACAUCAAGUUCAGGUACGGAGGAGCUCUGCAGAACCUGACCCUCAAGCUGCCCGUCACCAUCAACAAGUUCUUCCAGCCCACGGAGAUGGCCUCCCAGGACUUCUUCCAGCGCUGGAAACAGCUCAGCCAGCCCCAGCAGGAAGCUCAGAAGAUCUUCAAGGCCAACCACAGCAUGGACACGGAGGUCAUCAAAGCCAAGCUGCUGGGGUUGGGCAUGGCCCUGCUGGACAACGUGGACCCGAACCCGGAGAACUACGUCUGUGCUGGAGUGGUCCAGACCAAGAGCCAGCAAGUCGGCUGCCUGCUGAGGCUGGAGCCCAACGCCCAGGCCCAGGUACCAGUGCCGGCCGCUGGUCUUCCGUCUCUCUGA